UGACCCAGGGCAGUGAGUCCUGGGCUAAGUGCGGUCCCAAAGCAGGCUACCAGGUGGAGUCUUACCCUGGAGAGCAGGCUUCAUGGCGGCGCGGCCAAUGUCCCGGAUGCUGGGGAGGGUACUGAGGUCCACCACCAGGAGCUGCAGCUCAGGGGCUCCAGUAACGCAGCCCCGCCCUGGGGAGCCCUCCCAGCCUGCCACAGAGGAGCUAUCCAGGAGGAGGCAGUUCCUGAAGGAGCACAAGGCCCCUUUCUCUGACUUUCUUACCGACAACUUCGGCCGGCAGCACAGCUACCUGCGGAUCUCCCUCACCGAGAAAUGCAACCUCAGAUGUCAAUACUGCAUGCCUGAAGAGGGUGUGCUGUUGACCCCCAAAGGGGACCUGCUGACCACAGAGGAGAUCCUGACUCUUGCACGGCUGUUUGUGAAAGAAGGUGUGGACAAGAUCCGGCUCACAGGUGGAGAGCCACUCAUCCGGCCAGAUGUGGUAGAUAUCGUGGCCCAGCUUCACCAGCUGGAAGGGCUACAGACCAUUGGCGUCACCACCAACGGCAUCAACCUGGCCCGGCUGCUGCCUCAGCUCCAGAAAGCUGGUCUAACUGCCAUCAACAUCAGCCUGGAUACACUGGUGCCAGCCAAGUUUGAGUUCAUCGUUCGUAGGAAAGGCUUCCACAAGGUCAUGGAGGGUAUCCACAAGGCCAUCGAGCUGGGCUACAGCCCUGUGAAGGUAAACUGUGUGGUGAUGCGAGGCCUGAAUGAAGAUGAACUCCUGGACUUCGUGGCCUUGACAGAGGGCCUCCCCCUGGACGUGCGCUUCAUAGAGUACAUGCCCUUUGACGGUAACAGGUGGAACUUCAAGAAAAUGGUCAGCUACAAAGAGAUGCUCAACACCGUCCGGCAGCGGUGGCCAGAGCUGGAGAAACUGCCUGAGGAGAAAUCCAGCACUGCCAAGGCCUUUAAAAUCCCUGGAUUCCAAGGCCAGGUCAGCUUCAUCACGUCCAUGUCUGAGCAUUUCUGUGGGACCUGCAACCGAUUGCGAAUCACAGCUGAUGGGAACCUCAAGGUCUGCCUUUUUGGAAACUCAGAAGUGUCUUUACGGGAUCACCUGCGGGCUGGGGCUUCAGAGGAAGAACUGUUGAGAAUCAUCAGGGCCGCUGUGGGCAGGAAGAAGCGGCAGCAUGCAGGCAUGUUCAAUAUUUCCCAGAUGAAGAACCGGCCCAUGAUCCUCAUCGAGUUGCCUGUGCUGCUCCAAGAUUCUCCACCAGCCAUUCCCAGCAUUUCCUCCUGGGACCCCCUCCACGUUCAGGGUCUGAGACACAGACUGAGCUUCUGCAGCCAUAUAGUGACUUUGUGGCAGGGAAUCUGGGUACCCCAGACCCCUCUUCUUGGCUGGCAGUGGCUGGGGUUUGGUACACCUCGGAGACACUGCAGUUCCCAUCUAGACCCAGAUGCCAACCGAGAGUGCCUUAACCCAGUGUCCCAGACUCCUGCUACCCCCUCAGGACCCCUACCAACCUCAGGCCAACUAACCCAUGUGGACAAAGAAGGUCAGGCAGCUAUGGUAGAUGUUGGCAAGAAGCCUGACACAGAGCGAGUGGCUGUGGCUUCAGCUGUAGUCUUUCUGGGACCCGUGGCCUUCAAGCUCGUCCAGGAGAACCAGCUGAAGAAGGGUAAUGCCCUGGUGGUGGCCCAGCUGGCAGGCAUCCAGGCAGCCAAGUUGACCAGCCAGCUGAUUCCUCUGUGUCACCACGUAGCCCUGAGCCACAUCCAGGUGCACCUGCAACUGGACAGCACACACCACACUGUGACCAUCCAGGCAUCUUGCCAGGCUCGGGGUCCCACUGGGGUGGAGAUGGAGGCCUUGACCUCAGCUGCUGUGGCUGCCCUAACUCUGUAUGACAUGUGCAAGGCUGUCAGCAGGGACAUUGUGCUGGGGGAGAUCAAGCUCAUCAGCAAGACUGGGGGCCAGAGGGGAGACUUCCAUCGGUCUUAGAGCUGUACCCCCACCCCCCACUUCCAUCUAUGACCUAGUCAGGGCAAAAGACAAGGUACAAUUUUAACCAGGAGAAAAGAUCAACGUCAAGAUCCUUCAGUUCUGUCACUGUUACUUUCAGCCCAUAAGAACCUGAUACACGCCCAUCCCCUUAACCUCUAGGAUAAUCAAGGACCUGUGAGACUUCCUUUCAUCAGAGUGAAAGCCAGUAGGCCCUUCAGCCUUCCAGAAAAAUAGGGUCAUGGAGAGGAGUCAUUGUAAGCAGUGUUAGGGCACCAAACAAUCAUAUCCUAUUACUGGAGACACCACUUGGCGAGUCUAGCUCACCACUACUCAUUUUGGGUUUUCUCUUCUCCUACUUGUCUGGGGAGAGAUUAAGGGCUCACUGUGCAGAGGAACCCACUUAGAGGAGGAAAAGCACAGCUUGCAUUAAGAAUGUAUCCCUGGGAGUCGGGCGGUAGCGAUGCGGGUUAAGUGCACAUGGCACAAAGCGCAAGGACCGGUGUAAGGAUCCCGGUUCAAGACCCCGGCUCCCCACCUGCAGGGGAGUGGCUACAUAAGCGGUGAAGCAGGUCUGCAGGCGUCUUUCUCUCCCCUUCUCUUCCCUUCCUCUCUCCAUCUCUUUCUGUCCUAUCUAACAAUGAGGACAUCAGUAACAACAAUAAUAACUAAACAAUAAAAAAACAAGGGCAACAAAAGGGAAUAAAUAAAUCAUAAAAAAAGAAUGUA